AUGCCUGAUCCUUUGAUAUUAUCAAUUUCCUCGGCUAAGGAUAAAUUAGAUGAACAACUAGCAUUGAGAUAUGUCGAUGAAUCUAUUUUAUUAGGGAUAAUUAAUUUUACUCAUUCUAAAUUCAGAAACAUUAUUUUAAACCGUUUGAAAGAGCAAAUCGUCCUGAAUGAGUCAAAACAAGCCAUUAACUUAAAUUGUUCUACUGAUACACAUAAACAAAAUGAAUCUGUUCCAAAUCUGAAAAAAUCAAGUGAGCAACCAAGGGAUAUUCCAACUGACUUACAUAGCACUUCAAAUCAUACCACCGAAGCUGAUUAUUAUGAUUCCAAUCAACUACUUGAAUAUCUUUGGUUAAAUUUUCAUUACCCUUUACUAAAAUAUUUUCAAUUUCAAACUCUGUCGAUUUAUGAUGAGUCUCUACUGAAAACAAAUAAAAUUAAUAAGACUUUGAAGAAAAAGACAAAAAGUAAUUUGGAAAAUAAAGAUCUUAUUUUCAACAAACCUAUUGAAAUUCGAAAAGUUUUUGAAAAAUUUUCAAAGUUUUAUAAAAUUUUUAAUGAUUUUUAUUUUGAUCUAAUUAAGCACAUACUACUCAAUUACAAUCUAUCUUUGAUACUACCUCCAGAAUUUUACAAAUUCAAUAAAUUAGAUUACAAUCUUUCAGAUGCAAAGCCUGUUAGUACCAACCUAAAUAUCUCAACUUUGUUGUAUUUUAUUUAUUUUUGUCUAUUAUAUAAAGGCGAUAUAACAAGAUAUCACUCCCUUAUUAAUCUUCACGUCCUAAGAGCUACUUCAAAUUCAUAUAAACUUUUUUUGCAAAAAGUUUCUAAUCUACAGUUGUUUGAAAAAUCUUUGGCAUUUUACAAGUAUGCUUUAAUGAUUUUGCCAUGUUUUUCGGAGCCCUAUGUUCGUAUUGGUAUGAUCACCAACAGCUUUUCUCUUUUUUCCAAUGAAAAUGUUAAAACAAUUUUAUUUGAUUUUCCAAAUGAUAAUCAUCUAAUCGAUUUUAUAAAUUUGAGUAACAAUGGUGAUAAAUUUGAAACAUUAUAUCAACUUAUUCGUGGUUCGUGCUCGAGAUUAUCCAAUCCUCUUGGUAUUAUCAAUGUGGAAAGAUUUUUAUUAGAAAUCUUUUCAAGUGAUAAAGUAUCAUAUUUUGAUAGAUUAUUCAGAAAAACAAUUUUAGAAAGAGAAGAAUACAUUAAAGAGUUUUAUAAUUAUCAAAAUUCCUCUUAUCACAAUAACACUAGUUAUAGUUAUAAAAAUAAAAAAUUUGAUAGAAUCAAUAAAAAUAAAUUUUUUGAAAAAUAUUUGAAAGCUGAUUUUAUAAUAUUAUUUGGCUAUUACUUUAAUGUUACCAAUAAUUUCUCCAGCCUGGAGGAGCGUCCGUUAGAUCCUAAAUCACUUUCUUUCAAUGGAUUUUCCAUCGAUGAUAUACAGGAAUCCUUUUUUAGUAUUCUUCAAAACCAAUUUAUUUCUAUCAAUCAAAAAAAUGUUGAGCUUGUUAACAAAAUACUUAUUGUUUUAAUUGGUGGCUAUUUUAUUUUAUUUUCUAAAGAAACCAAAGAGUUAAAAUUAAAACCAAACAAAAUUACUAUUAAUGAUAUUUCUGUUCAUUUAAAAAAUUACCUUUUGUUUACUUUUAAAUUUUCUUUGGAAAUUUUUAAUUACAUAUUGAAAAUAUACAGUAAAAAAUUCUUGAAAAGCAGGUAUAAAAAUAGCACCAAGAGUUAUUCUCAAUCUAAUAAUAACAAACUGUCUCUAUUUUUAGAUAGGGAUAACAAAAAGUUUUUCGAGGAAAGUUUUUUUUUAUUUUUGCCAUUCUUAAGAAUAUUAUUGAAUUGGAUAAAAGAAUUUAAGAUUUUAUUAUAUUUGGUUCAUCGAAAUAAAGAUUUUGUUCAAAAAUUUGCAGAGAUUUUGAAUAUUAUUUAUGAAAAUUUCAAUAGUUUACCAUCUUGGUUAGAAAAUGAUCAAUUGAAAGCUAAUAAACCUUUAAUAAAUUAUUUUAAUCAUAGACAAUUAAGAGUUUAUUAUUUUAAAGAGGAUAUUGAAACUAAAGAUUUCAUGCCUAUUGGAAAUUAUUUAAAAGAUGUCAAAGAUGAUUUUAUAAACGGUUCUAAAUUAAAAUCAAUCAGACUCCUAGGAGUUCUCCCAGAGAAGGAUGAGGCUUUUUUGAGUGAAAUUAAUUGUAGAAAGGAGAAUGAUAUUUCAAAACAUGAUAACACAUCUGAAGUACCUAAUAAUGAAGAUGAAAAGAAAAAUGAAAAUGAAGGUGAAAAUUUGGAGAUUAGAAAAAAAUCAGAUAGCUUUGUCAAGCAAUUUGAAUUGGAAAGCCAAUUCUUUACUAACGAUUUACUGCUUUUGAAAAAUGAUAAUCUCUCAAGAGUUUUUGCAGUUGGUUGGCUUGGAAAACGAAUAUUAUAUUCAUGUUCCUGGGUUUCUUGGAAUACAUCAUUGAACAAAUUUGAUUUCAAAAGAAUUAAUGCGUACGAGAAUAAAGAUGUUUUAAAAGGAUUUGAUCUAAUGGUCAAAUCUAAAAGUUGCAUGAAUCACGAUCUGACAAAUCAUAGUUUAUUUGAUUUAAAAAAAGACAAAUAUAAGGUUAAAUCUGAAGAGGAUGGCUUAAAACAAAAAUCUAGUUGUAAUAACAGUAUUGAUAAAAAUAGCGAUAAUAAAACUAAUAAAGAUAGUAGCAGUGAUAACAGUAAAAUUAAUAAUAAUAAUAAUAAUAAUAAUAAUAAUAAUAAUAAUAAUAAUAAUAAUAAUUUUACAGUUUCUGAUAUCAAGAAUAACGAGAACAAUGAUAUCAACAGAACAACUGAAGAACCUAAUUUACAAAAUAAAUCAACUCAAAACGAAAAGGAAAAAAUAUCAAAAUUGGUAGAUGGAAUUCUUAACGACCGAAUUCCUGUGAUUCAAUCGUUUCAAAAAACUAAUGAAUCACUUAUUUAUUCCGAAAGUAAUCAAGAGCAAGAAAAGUCUUUUCAAACAAUGGUUGAUCUGUUGGUCAGAGAUGAUGUUAGUAAGGUAGAUUUAUCAACAAAUCAAAAAUCUAAUGUCCAUAAAGUUGAUGUUAUUUCACAAGAAUUGCCUUCUUCGCCUGCAAAAAAUAAAAAUAUAUGGUCAGCCUUGACUGUUCAAGCGAAUGCACAGUCAAGUUUACCUUCUUCUGAGAUCUCUUUAGGAGUGGAUAAGUUGGCUCAACCAAAUGUAAUUUUACCUGUUUCUAAAAGUCAAAAUCCAUCUAUGGCAACAAUUGUUUCUGGUGAGGGUUCAUUGGUAACACAGAGAAAAGCUCCUUUGUCUUUAGAAGAAAUUGAAGCCUCUAUGUUUUCAAACAUUCAAAAAAGUACAAGUGUUCUUAAUUCCAACUAUUCCCAAAAAUAUAAUUUUAAUACAAAUGGCAAUUCAUCUCUAAAGGGAACUCAGAAUAAUAUCAAUUAUGGCGACUACUCCCAAAAUAUUGGAACACUGAUCGGUUGGAAUCCUGCAUUCAAUGGAAAUCCGGCACCAUAUGGGUACAAUUCAUCAAAUUUUAGCCAAAAUGCGUUCUAUGGACAACCAGAACAACCCUUACCAUAUAAUUCAACGAACAAUGGUCUUAAUAACUAUCCUGGUUAUACAAACAACAAACCCUAUGAAGGUUUUUACUCUUCAGUGCCUGUUUAUGGAAAUGUGGAUCAAAAAGAUCCUGCUUAUGAUUAUUCAGUGAUGUCUUCUUUGAAUAGAUAUUUUCCUCAAACCAAAAAGCACGAGUCUUUUGAAGAUCCUAAUCUUAGUUGA